AUGUCAUCCAAUCAACAUGAUGGGGGCAAUUGUUUUGCCCGGAGAGACCUUUUGGUUCAAAUCCAAGACGAGAUGCAAAAGCUUUGGGAAGAGAGCAAGGUAUUCGAGGCUAAUUCUGGCGAUAAACCACCGAGCCCUGGUGAAAAGUUCUUUGGGAAUUUCACGUACCCUUACAUGAAUGGCGUGCUGCAUCUGGGCCACGCCUUCACACUCUCCAAGCUUGAGUUUGCUGCUGCAUACCACAGGCUCUGUGGCUCAAAUGUCCUCGUCCCAUUUGCUUUCCACUGCACUGGAAUGCCCAUCAAGGCGUCAGCUGAUAAGCUUGCCAGGGAGAUGGAACAAUAUGGAAAUCCUCCAGUGUUUCCUUCAGUGGACAAGGAUGAUUCAAAAACAAAUGGCAACAAUAGUAGCUGGAGUGACCUGAAUAAACACUACAAGAGUAGGAGAUCUAAGGCGGUGGCCAAGUCUGGAUCGCACAAGUUCCAGUGGGAGAUCAUGAGGAGCUUUGGACUCUCUGAUCAAGAGAUUGCCAAAUUUAAAGAUCCGCAUCAUUGGUUGAGCUACUUUCCUCUGAAAGCUAUGGAGGCUCUCAAGGCUUUUGGGCUGGGCUGUGAUUGGAGGCGUUCGUUCAUAACCACUGACAUGAAUCCAUUCUAUGACUCUUUUGUUCGAUGGCAGAUGAGAAAGUUGAAGAAAGUGGGCAAGAUUGUUAAAGGCAAGCAGUAUAUGAUCUACUCUCCAUUGGAUGGCCAACCUUGCGCUGAUCACGAUCGCGCAUCAGGUGAACAAGUCGGACCGCAGGAAUAUGUGUUGAUCAAAAUGGAGGUGAUCCCUCCAUUUCCACCCAAGUUGAAGGCCCUUGAACGCAGAAAUGUGUGUAUGGCAGCGGUGACACUCAGAUCUGAAACGUUGUAUGGUCAAACAAAUUGUUGGGUCCGGCCAGAUGGGAACUAUGGGGCUUUCGAGAUCAAUGACACUGAUGUUUUCAUUUUGACAGCAAGGUCUGCACGCAAUCUUGCUUACCAAAUGCUAUCAAGAGUCCCGGAAAAGCCAACUUGCUUGGUUGAGCUUUGUGGCAGGGAUCUAGUUGGCUUGCCACUGAAAUCUCCUCUUGCCUUGAAUGAAAUCGUAUAUGUGCUUCCAAUGCAGAACAUCUUGACAGAUAAAGGCACCGGUGUUGUGACUAGUGUUCCAAGUGAUUCACCAGAUGAUUUCAUUGCAUUUCAAGAGUUGGUAACACAUCCAGGUUUGAGGCUGAUGUAUGGAGUGAAAGAUGAGUGGGUUAUCCCCAUUAAGGUUAUACCAAUAAUCAAUAUUCCAGGAUUUGGAAAUAAAUCAGCUGAGAAGGUUUGCCUUGAUCUGAAAAUUGAUAGCCCGAGCCAGAAAGAUGAACUUGCUGAAGCAAAGGAGAUAGCAUACCUGAAAGGCUACCACAAUGGCACAAUGAUUGUAGGCGAGUUUAAGGGGAGAAAGGUUCAAGAUGUUAGACCACUUAUAAAGGACAUGCUACUGAAGGCGGGUGCAACUGUCUUGUACUAUGAGCCUGAGGAAAAGGUCAUGUCCAGGUCUGGUGAUGAAUGUGUCGUUGCUCUCACGGAUCAGUGGCUCAUAACAUACGGUGAGGCUGAAUGGAAGCACGAGGCUAUAGAGUGCUUGGAAGAAAUGAAUACUUUCUCAAUCGAAGCCCAUAAUGGUUUCAAGCACACAUUGGACUGGCUGAUGCCACGGGCCUGUUCCCGUUCUUUUGGACUAGGUACUCGCAUUCCAUGGGAUGAGGAGUUCCUUGUAGAUUCUCUCUCUGAUUCAACUUUGUACAUGGCCUACUACACAAUUGCACAUCUACUGCAACAUGGUGACAUUUAUGGAGCCAAUUCCUCUAAUUUGGGGGCAGAACAAAUGACUGAUGAAGUCUGGGAUUAUGUGUUUUGUGAUGGUCCAAUACCAGAAACCAACAUCCCCCCUGCAGUUUUGGCCAAAAUGAAGCAAGAAUUUGAGUACUGGUACCCAUUUGAUCUUCGGAUAUCUGGUAAGGACCUUAUGCAGAACCAUUUGGCGUUCUGCAUCUACAACCACACGGCACUUCUUCCCAAACAUUAUUGGCCCCGUGGUUUCCGUUGCAACGGACACCUUAUGCUUAAUUCUGAGAAGAUGUCCAAGUCCACUGGGAAUUUCAGAACCCUUUGGCAGGCUAUAGAAGAAUUCUCAUCUGAUGCCACUAGGUUUGCCCUUGCUGACGCUGGUGACAGUCUGGAUGAUGCUAACUUUGCCUUUGAGACUGCAAAUUCUGCUAUAAUGAGGCUAACAAAAGAAAUCUCAUGGAUGAAAAAAGUUCUUUCUGCUGAAGCUGAAGCUGAAGCACCCCUGCGAGUUGGGCCACCGACUACUCAUGCUGACCGAGCGUUUGCUAAUGAGAUAAACUAUGCCAUCAGAGACACUGAGAAUAGCUACAGAGCUUUCAUGUUCAAAGAUGCUCUGAAAACUGGUUUCUAUGAUCUACAGGCAGCGAGAGAUGAGUAUAGAUUUUCAUGUGGAGCAGGAGGUAUGAACCGUGAGUUACUCUGGCGUUUUAUGGAUGUGCAGACCAGGCUUUUAACUCCGAUCUGUCCACAUUAUGCUGAGCAUGUGUGGCAAAAUUCACUGAAGAAGGAAGGGUUCGUGGUGAAAGCUGGCUGGCCAAUUGCUGAUACCCUGGAUCCUACUCUAAGGGCCAAAAACAAGUACCUGCUGGACUCCAUGGUUCUGAUGAGGAGGUUGCUGCAGAAGCAAGAAUCCGGUCACAAAAAGGCCAAGAAGGGAGCUGCAACCCCUGCAACAUCGGAGGAAAGAAGAUUGUCAGUUGGAAUAAUAUAUGUCAAUGAGAACUAUGAUGGCUGGAAAGAGCAAUGUUUGAGAGUACUAAAAGCCAAAUUUGACACUAAAUCAUGUUCCUUCGCUCCUGACGAAGAGAUUCUUGAAGCGCUGAAGAAUUGUUCUAUUGGGCAGGAGAUGAACUUGAAGCAAAUUCAGAAGCUGUGCAUGCCCUUCAUUAAGUUCAAGAAAGAUGAAUUUCAAAAGGUUGGUCUGCAGGCUUUGGAAUUGAAGCUUCCUUUUGGUGAAGUGGAGGUUCUUGAAGAGAACUCGGGGCAGAUCAAAAGGCAGUUAGGCCUCGAGCAUGUAGAGAUUUUGUUGGCAUCUGAUGAAUCUGCUGCAAAUAAAGCUGCCCCACAUAUUUCCGUGCUCAGGCAGAAUCCACCUUCUCCUGGAAACCCUAUUGCAAUAUUCUUAAGCAAAUCAGAGUUUCAAGGCCAAACCAGAGGAUAAAA